AUGCCUGCUCUCCCCCAAGCUGUUCCCUUCGGCAUCUGCUCGCGCUCCGUCGGCCGUUCAGCAGCCGGUCACAACAUCCUCGACAUCCUUGACGAGUGCGCCAAGGCAGGAUUGUGGACGAUCGAAGUCGCUUACGAGUGUCUCGAAAACUACGCCAAGUCGCUCACGUCCUUCUCCAACCCGCGCGACGCACUGCGCGAAGCCGCUCGCCGCGUCAACCAGCGCGCCCAAUCACUCGGCCUCGUCUGCGCCGUCCUCGACGCCUUCGAAGGCUACGAAGGUCUCCUCGACCGCGAGCAACACGACCGCCUCGUCGACGAUUUUAAGUUCUGGGUCGAGUUGUGCGGGAUAAUGGGGAUCGAGAUGGUUCAGGUCCCGGCGAGUUUCGAGACGAGCGAGAAGGCCACGGACGAUGUGGAUGUUCUUGUUGCUGACUUGCGCGAGCUGGCGGAUAUCGGCUUGUCGGUCUCGCCGCCUAUCAAGAUGGCCUACGAACCUCUAGGCUGGUCAACUUACAUCGACACGUGGGAAAAGGCACUCGACAUCUGCCACCGCGUCGACCGACCCAACAUCGGUCUCUGCCUCGACACGUUCCACGUCGCUAGCUUACUUUGGGCGAGUCCGGAGACGGUUGACGGGCUGAGGGAGGGCGGGGAAGAGGCGCUCAAGGCUUCGCUUGAUCGUCUGCGCAAGGUCUCGCCCGAGGACAUCUUCCUCUACCAGCUCAGCGACGGGACGCUCCUCGACCCGCCCAUGCCCGACUCGCCCUGCACCGAGCCCGACAUCCACCACCUCUUCUCAUGGAGCAUGCACGGUCGACCUUUCCCCGGCGAAGGCUACUUCCCCGUCACCGAGAUCAGCGAGGCAGUGUUCGCGACUGGUUUCCGCGGCAUCACCGUCAUGGAGGUGUUUGACGACGAUGCGUUCAGCAAGCGUAGUACGCUUCUGGCUGAGCGCACGAAUCGCGCCGUCGGAUCGUGGGUCCGCCUCUCGAAGGAACUCGGUUUGGCGCCGUUCCGCCCGCCAACUCCGAAGGGUCAGAACAAGCUCGGCACGUGCACCGUCAACAUCGGGCACUACGAGCACUACUCGCUCGAAGACAAGCUCUAUGCGUGCGCCGCGGUCGGCCAUCAAGCCAUCGACCUUUACGAAGACGACUUCCUCCACUACCUCUCGCUCCAGCCCGGUGCGAACAAGGCGAACCUGUGGGAACCGAGUCCGGCGCAUCUGCACGCAGCGAAGAAGAUUGGCGACCUGUGCGCAUCGCUCGGAAUGGAGAUCAUCUGCUUCCAGCCGCUCAUCGAUGUCGAGGGUCUCGUCAACCAGGCGGAUCGCGAGGCGGCGGUCGAGCGCGUCAAGAACUACUUCCCCUUCAUGCGCGUCCUCCGCACCGACUGCACGUACAUCACGACGAACCGGCGCUACGACCUUGACAACAUAACCGGCGAAGUUUCCGUCAUCGCUGCCGACCUGGCACUCUUCGCCGACCUCGCCGCCGACUACGCUCGCGCCGACGGCGGUCCCAUGAUAAAGAUCGGCUACGAGCACCUUUCGUGGGGCAGCCACAUCAACACGUUUGACAAGACUUGGGAGGCGAUCAAGCUCGAGAACCGCCCGAACCUCGGCUUCGUCUUCGACACGUUCAACUUCCUCGCCGUCGAGUUCGCCAACCCCUACAACCCCGCCGGCCACGGUCGCAAGCACGACACGCUUGAAGAGUCGAUCCGAGUCGUUCGCUCACGCCUCGCCAAGCUCGUCAAGCUGAUACCGGGCGACAAGAUCUACGUCUGCCAGGUCGCCGACGCCAAGCUUGUGGAUCCCAAGUCGCUCAAGGCGCCGACACACCCCGACAAGGCGUGGACCCCUGACCACGAGCCGCCGUACCGCCAAUGGUCGUCGAGCCACCGCCUCUUCCCGAACGAGUCGCUCCUCGGAGGCUACAUGCCUGUGGCGGACUGUCUGGCUGCGAUCCUCGCGACGGGCUACAAGGGCGCCUUCACGCUCGAAGUCUUCAACGACUCGCUCUUUGCGAAGGGCCCGAACGUCGUGGCCGAGCAUGCGAAGCGCUCGUACGCUGGUCUCGAGGCUUGCAUCGCGGAGGCAAAGGAGAUCACUCCGUUCUGGUAG